UCUGCUGCUUAAUCUUCAGAAAGGACUGCCCACUGGGAUACUGUUCUCUAUCCGUCUUUCACGCACAUUAAUCAGCCUCGCACUCUCUCUCUCUCCUACUUUCUCAAUAUUUGACACUGUGUUUCUGUAUCGGCUGUCAUAUAUCUCCUCAACUCUCCUGUUCUCCUUUUUUAUCACUUCUUUUUCGCUGCUCACAUUGUGUCUCAGUCAGAGGGACGCAGUUGGACAGGUUGGAUACCAACAUACUGAUAGAUAAUGGCAUAUCUGAGAUAUAAAAGUACCUUUGUGUUGUCUCUGUGGGCGUCCCUGCUCUGUGUAGCGCUAAUGACUCUUUCCCUGGAGGCAGACGCACCAAAGACAAGCCUGUACGUUUGGAAAAAAGGUGUAUGGGGUGUAUGUAUAGCCAGCGAUUGUGGUUCUGUCGGGCUCCAGAAUCGCUCAGUAUGGUGCGUCCAUUCAGAAGGCUGGAGUACACAUCAGUCCAAUUGCUUUCCGUCUGAUCGACCGCCACACCAGCGAGUGUGUGUGAAGACGUGCGAAUGCCAGAAGGAUCUGUUUGAAUGGCGUUUGUCUCCUUGGGGUCCCUGCACCCCGACUCCUUUCCUCCCAGCCAAUCGAUGUGUGACCGCUCAGCACGGAUUACAAAACCGAGAAGUGCUGUGUGUGAAACGCACUAACAGCACCACGGUGAGCCUGCGUAUGUGUGAAGCGUUCUCUUCGACACCCGAACGAGACCAGGCAUGUUUGUUGCCCUGUCCUAUCGACUGCGUCGUCUCCGCCUUCUCUCAUUGGUCCACCUGCAGCCGCACCUGUGGGUCAGCCCUCCAGCAACGCAUCAGGCACGUUCUAGCCCCGCCCCUUUACGGAGGUGCUGACUGUCCCAGCCUCACCCAGACACGCCCGUGUAACCACGACAACACCCACCCCACACUAUGUCCUUCUGACCAACAGGAGUACAGUUACAGUUUGUGGGUGGGGCCCUGGAGCCCGUGUAGACUUAAAGGAAAAGCGCUUGUUGGAAAGACAACAGUGGACUUUAGUUUUGGGCUGGAUGAAAAUAAAGCAGACAAAGCGGCCUAUUUUGUCAAACGACACAAUGUUCAUCAUCAAAAUCACUAUGAUGAUAAGAUAGGCCACAGAGCAUUGUGGGAAAUCACGAUCGGAUAUCAGACUCGGCAACUUCGCUGCACAAGGAGUGAUGGGAAGAAUUCAAUGAUAAGCCUUUGCGACCAUGACAACAGCCCGGUGAACUUCCGGUCCUGCGUAAUGCCCAGAGAUUGCAAAGUGUCUGAUUGGUCAACGUGGAGUCCUUGUUCAAAGACCUGUCAAAUAUCCGACCAAUCGCCAGGCUUCAGAAGUAGAUUCCGCAGUGUAAAGAGAUCAGCCAUUGGCGGAGGAGAGGCAUGUCCGGCAUUGGUUGAAACACAGCGGUGUAAUAUUUUGGAUGACGCACUGCCGUUUUGCCCAAGGUAUGGAUGGAGGGUGACCAAUUGGAAUCCAUGUCAGGUGACCCCCCUUUUGAGUCAACAGGACCACCGCCAUAGCAAUACCAGCAUCCUGUGUGGAGGUGGGAUCCAGACGCGAGAAGCAUAUUGUGUCAGCAUCCAUAACAACACAGCUCCAUCACAUAUCAAGAGGCCUGCCGGGAGGAACUUGUGCACUGGACCUUUACCGCCCUUGGCUCAGUCUUGCUCCAUCCCCUGUCUGAAACAUUGCCCCCUCACACCUUGGACACCUUGGGGACCCUGUCUCCAUGACAACUGCUUAGAACCUCAAGGGAAGAGAGGUUUCAGAGUGAGGACUCGUUCUUUGAUCAGUGAGUCUUGGGUGGAGUCCCACAGUUGCCCUCAUAUCACCGAAGCAAUGAUCUGUGAUGACCCCAUCUGCUUCCUCUGGCGGGUGACAUCUCAGGGGCCCUGUGUUCCUUAUAAUGGAUCGUGUGGUUUGGGAACCCAGGAACAGACUGUGGAGUGCAUCUCUGUGAUUGGAGAGUCAGCCUCUAGUGAGCGAUGUCCAGGUGAUCCUCCUCCAGUCCAGCAGCCGUGUGAGAUGGGCUGCCCAGGGGACUGUGUGCUGGGACACUGGGCUUCCUGGUCUCCAUGUUCACAGUCCUGUUCUAAUAAACAUUUUGAGGGAAAACAGACUCGCUCGCGGCCCGUUCUCGCUCUUCCUAGGGAGCAAGGCAAAACUUGUUCUCUAUCCUCUGAGCUGGAGCAGUGGAGACCCUGUGGUACACACUCAUGCACAGUAUACUACUGGGAUACUUCACCUUGGGACGCCUGUGUGCCAGAAUCCAUCACAAAUGGGGGUGAGAGGAGCAUCACAGACCAGAUGGAGAAUGAAGCCACAUGUGGUACUGGGGUGCAAAUGCGGCAAGUUACCUGCAGAAAAGCUGGAAAUGGACAGAUUGCACCAAAACGCUGUCCUGAAUCAUCUCGUCCUGAAUCGAUCCGGUCUUGUGCUGUUCCUUGCCAAAUUGACUGUGUCGUCACACCUUUUAGUGAAUGGAGCCCCUGUCCCACUUCUUGUGUACCAGUGAAUGACACAGCCUCAGCUCAGUCACGCCACAGGAUUAUUAUCCAGAGACCUGCUAAUGGAGGUCAAGAAUGUCCAGACACUCUUUAUGAGGAGAGAGAAUGUGAGCCGUCCCCUCUGUGCCCACUUUACAGAUGGCAGACCCACCGCUGGCAUCAGUGCAUUCUGGUACCCGAUUCAGUGAGACAGGCUGUGGGCGGUCCCACAGAGGCAUGCGGGAUGGGCCUGGAGGUAAGAGAUGUGGCGUGCGUGGAUGCAGAUGAUGCUCCAGCAGAUAUGGCUGACUGUUUGAGGUGGGCAGGUGUGAUGCCUGAACAGGUGAGGGAGUGUCAGGUGCCAUGCAAAAAUGAAUGCACCUUCACUUCCUGGAGCAGAUUCACCCCGUGCCAAGGCUGUAGAAGUUGGCGCACCCGAAACCGUUCUUUGAUAGGUCGCAGUAAGAAACGCUGGCGUUGUCAGCAGCAGGAGUUGAUUCCUCUCCAGGAGAAAGAAGCUUGCCCCUGUUCUGAAUUUCACGCCAAGCCUUGUGGUCCGUGGUCCCCCUGUUUGCUCCCUCCGACAGCAAACCAGGCUGAACAUCCUUUCAUCAGAGCAGUUUACCAGCAAGGCCAAAAGGCAGUCCAGGACUGGCGAGUUCAAAGAAAGAACAGCGAGUGUGGGCCUGGAAAGCGCUACAGAGCCCUCGCCUGUCUGGAUCACCAGGGACGACUAGUGGAACCAGAUCACUGUAGCAGCUCUGGCUAUGAAGAGGAAAUGUGUCAUGUGCCCUGCUCUACAGACUGUAAGCUGAGCGAGUGGUCUCAUUGGUCCACCUGCAGCGCCUCUUGUGGUGGGGGUGUAAAAGUUCGCUCUCAGUGGCUACGAGAAAAACCUUUUAAUGGAGGCCGACCCUGCCCGCAACUAAAUUACAAAAAUCAGGUGUCUGAGGUGCUGCACUGUUACUCUCAAUGCAGUCAGUAUGUGUGGGUUGCAGGCUCCUGGUCCAUGUGCAUCAUAAACCCAACAAACACUAACAACACUACAACGAAUACAACAGAAGGACAGCCUGUCUUCGGAAAUGGCCUGUGGACCCGCAAAAUCCGCUGUGUUAAAAGGGAUGGACAGAACCCGGACGAGAGUGUGGAUGACUCACUGUGCGACCAGGAGGAGCGGCCAAUCACAGCUGAGACCUGUCGACUGCCAUACCCCACCCACUGCGUGACAUCGGAAUGGAGCCAAUGGACCAAAUGUAGUGUGGACUGUAAUGAUGGUGAUUUAAGGUGGAGGAGCAGAACUAUAUUAAGAUGGCCAGAAGGAAAUCAUACCUGUCCUGAUCUAAACCAAACUCUACCCUGUAACAAUAUGACCUGUCUCAAAUACUCAUACGUAUAUUCAGACUGGAGUAGCUGUCAGAUAGGUGAAAAUGCAGUAUGCGGCAGGGGGAUUAAGACUCGACUCCUGAACUGUGUCCGCACUGACAGAAAGCUGGUGGAACUGAGCAUGUGCAAAGAGUUGGGUCCUUCACGUGGAAAGCUGUCUUCCCCGUGUGAGGUGGGCUGUCCUGUAAAUUGCCUGCUCACAGAGUGGUCCACCUGGUCAGAAUGUUCGCACACCUGUGGAAGCCAAAGUCAGAUGACACGCACCCGGAUGGUUUUACAGUCUGCUGGAGAGGGAGGGCGCCCGUGUCCGUCUCAGCUCUCGCAGACUCGCUCGUGUCCCAUCAGGCCCUGCUACAGCUGGAGGCUGGGGGACUGGAGUCCAUGCAGGGUGGAGGGCGCUGACUGUGGUGAGGGUGUAAGUCGGAGGGAAAUGUCCUGUGUGGUGCACUGGGGUUCUCUCUCUGGUCCUCCUCAGCCUGUCCCUGUAGAAGACCAGUGGUGUGUGGUACAUUCCCAGAGUAAAAUCAGUGAGAUUGAGUUACAGCAGCCCUGCACGAUCCCUUGUCCAGGUGAAUGUCACUUGAGCCAAUGGUCAACGUGGAGUUCAUGUCAGCUGCUGUGUUUGGAUGGCCUGAGUUUUGAGACUUGGGGUCGACAGGCUCGUUCUAGAGCCGUAGUCACGCAGGUGGCUGAGAACCAAGAUACAUGUCCCAGUCAGGUUUAUGAGACACAGCCAUGCCAAGGUGGGACCUGUCUCAGUUAUGAAUGGAUUACUGGUGACUGGAGGCAUAACCGCAGACUGGUGUGGUGUCAGCGUUCUGAUGGAGUUAACGUCACAGGAGGCUGCAUCUCCCAAAACAAGCCCUCUGCUGUGAGACAAUGUCAUCCUCCAUGUAUCAAACCAUUCUCUUUCUGCACACAGAGUGGAGUUUGUGGUUGUGAGAAAGGUUUCACAGUGGUCAUGACCUCUCACGGUUUCCUGGAUUACUGCACCAGAACUCCAGGGUUGGAUCACAAGAAAGCAGAUGUGAAGAGGAGUGCGAGGCAUCCUAGACCAGAACAUGCUCGAAACAAGAACCAAAUCAAUGAUUGGGCACUGCAUCCCCUUGGACGAGAUGGGCGUGUAAAGCUGUGGGUUUAUGGGCUGAUGGCUGCUGGGUUCGUCCUGAUUCUCCUCCUCAUUCUUAUGUCCUUCCUCUUGUGUAAAGACACAGAGGGCAGUCCCAGCAAUUGUCCUCAGAAGGCAAUGUCUCUGGCAUAUGAUGGUGAUGUGGAUAUGUGAACUCUUCCUAACUGUGUGUAUGCAAUACUGAAGCUAUCUCAAAUCGGUCUGACUAUGUUUAGUCCACAACAUGGAUGUUUACAGUACACAGGCAGAGCCAGACAGAGAUGUUGUUGAUGUUUAAACACAGCAGAAAGAACUAAAUUACAUAACUAAAACGGAAUGUGUCAUGCGUCUGUUGUGUGUUUGUGUGCAUUGAUGAGCGCGGACCUGUGUGUGCAGGUGUGUGUCUGUAUGCUGUAUAUGUGUUUUAAUGUGUAAUGCUUGCAGUUAUGGGCCCACAUGAAACUUACUGUACUUCUGCAGAAAGUUCAUCAUAUUUCAGAAGAAAUUUAUUAUUUAUAAACUUUUCUACAAAUUUGUCCCUUUAUUGUUAGUAUUAUGAUUAAGUCUAAUUUUGUUUUACCACUAAGACUGUAAACUCUUUUCAAACUUGUUUAGACACAUUCCAUACAAUUUGACAAACUUGUCCUGUACAUGUUUAUGAUCUCUAAAAGGGGUUUCAGUGAUGCACUAUGUUAGUGCCAGCUUAAGUGGCAUAUUUAUUUAUUUGUUUUAAAACUAUCUUAGCAUUUGAAUAACCCUUGACCAGCCAUGAAGUGUUGAACAAUUUUAUACCCCUGAUAAGAAGUUGAAAGAAUGCCUGUGACAUGCUCUUUUUUUUUAAGUGUAUGCUGUAAAUAUUUUCUAUGUGUCUUUGAGCGCUUUAUAAAUAAACGUAAAUCUUU